CUAGUUCACCACUUCAAUGUCUACGUGCCGGAUUUGGUGUUUUUUGGUGACUCGUUCACGACUCGGUCGGAUCGGUCAGACUCGUUCCAGGCUCAGUGUGUGUACCGAGUCAUGGAGGUGAACUCAGUGAAGAGAAUGAGGGUGGUGGGGUUGAGUUAUGGGGGGUUUGUGGCGUAUAGUUUAGCGGCGCAGUUUAAGGAAAUGGUGGAGAGGGUGGUGAUAUGUUGCGCCGGGGUGUGUUUGGAGGAGAAGGAUUUGGAGGAUGGGUUGUUUCCGGUGAAGAGUUUGGAGGAGGCGGCGGAGAUAUUGCUCCCGCAAACGCCGGAGAAGAUGAAGGAAUUGAUGCGGUUUACGUUUGUCAAGCCGCCCGUGAAGACUCCGAAUUGUAUACUUGUAGACUUCAUACAGGUAAUACUGGUAAUUUUUCAUCAUUUUAAAUUGCAGCCAACAAAGAUAAUAUGGGGUGAUAAAGAUCAAGUUUUCCCACUUGAAUUGGGUUACAGAUUAAAAAGGCAUUUGGGUGACAAUGCAGACAUGGUGGUGCUUAAAGAUAUGGGGCAUGCUUAUAUUGCAGAAAAACCAAAGGAAUUCUACAAACACCUUAAGUCCUUUUUACUCCCUCCGGUCCCGCCUCUUCCUUCAUCGGCUACCACUCCCACCACCGCCUCUGACACCACCACGACCACCACCACUGACAACAACCACAAUCAUCAUCAUCUUCACAAUAAUGGCCGAGCGACGGUUACCACCUAA